GUUUUAAAAGUUGCUCCCGCAAGCAAUGUUAUAAUCACGCUUUGUUCAAGGUUAGUAACUUGCAAUGGGUAUCAGUAGUUUUGUUAGUUUUAAUUUCCUCCUCAAGCUGGCGAAAAAGACGUGGAUUAAGUACCUGGAAGUAUCAUAAAGUGUACAGAAGAGAAGUGGAAUUAUUUCCUCCUUGUGCCAAUGCUAUAAGAUAACAGUGAAAUAAUUUUAAUUUAGUUGAACAUUCAGUGUUUUUAUAAACUUCGUGAACAAUUCUGCGCCUUUUCCGUUGUCUGUACCAUAAUCUUCGAGUUCCAAGGAAGUGAGAUAGAUGCUAGUCCAAGGCAACUUUGGUAAUUCGGUCACGUACGCUUCCCACGUUUUGCCAAGUUUGAAACCAAGAGCACUGCACACACUUUCAGCCGUUUUUAAGAUAACCUUAAGGUCAAUUUGUUCCACCACUUCAUCAUGGUAAUACAUCCAUGCGUCAUCACUAUCCAUCAUGAGGCAAGAAUGUUCGUUUUGACUUGGGUGUUGAAUAGCACAACAGUGGCAGUGAUUCAGCUUUUCUUCUUGAAUGAGUUUGUCAACCGUAGCCGCAUAAGUCAGUUGGCACACAUGGCCGAUAAGGCUAGCUACCCGUUGACUUUGGACUUUUUCCACUUCGUCAAUCGUCAAAAGAGUGAAGCGCUCGAUUCGACUUGCAUGUUUGGAGCAAUGUUUUAAAGAAUAUUGGUGAUCGUAAGACUUUUUCCUUAGCAAAGCGAUUGCAAGAAAGAUAGCGCUUUCGAAAUCUACUCGCUUUUAUUUGGAAGACAGAAUAGAUUCUACAUGAACCAAUCUGGGUUAAAGAGUCCGGGCAAAUCUAGGCAAGCCUAUUGUUUCUAUUGAAGUAGAGCGACGCUCAUUAGUAAACCUAUUAGCCUGUGAACAGGCUCUCUGUUUGGGGAAAAAUAGCGAGGAAAGGGAAGGGAAAGGUGGGAGAGAGCCUGUAGACAAACAUUUGAGGCCUCUAAUUCCGCCCUCUUGUAAUUAUCCUGCCGAUCAUCUGUCAGUAAGAUCGCUAUCGGUCAAUCAAUUUCGAGCGAUUUUCUGUAGUCCGUGAAUGUAAUGUUUUUCUGCAAUGUUGUAUCCUGACGCCGGGCCCAGCUCGUUAGUUUUCUUUGCAGACUGUUUGAAAAUUAUCACGGAUAGUUAUUUACAGAUCCAAAAUUAUAAGAUUGAAGUGUAGCUUAAACCGAAGAUACAUAUAUCAGCUAUGGAGAAUUGCAUUGUGCUUCGGUAACUAUAAACUCCAGCUUAGUGUUUUUUUUAAAGACAGUUUGAGUCUUUUGACCGGAGCGCGUAGUUCCUCCCCGUGGUAAUAGUCUUUGAACUGUUUUGUUAUUGCCACUCUGUGAUCAAAUCGCGUGCUACGUGCCCACCAAAAAGCCGAUGUCAAUAAGGCCUGUCAACAGUCAGUGUUCUUGCCAACAGGAGCUUGCAUCAGGAUCUGAUGUACAGCGGGUACCGUGGAACGGCGAUCCCAAAUGUUUGUCUACAGGCCUUUUUCGCUUUUCCCUCUCCCCACCUCGCUCGACCAAAGGCCUGUUCACAGGCUAUAAACCUAUCCACUUCAUUAUAUAUGGAGGAAGGCACAUAAUUAAUAUGCAAAAAGACAGUGACCAGGCACUUAAUUAAUAUGGAGGAACGCAUUUUUUUCUCUAGGAUAAAACAAUGGAUGACGUCAUAGACUCGACCAUUAUGCGUAUUAAUUAAGGGAAGGCAAGGGAAGGCACCAACAGGGCUUAUCUUUCAACAUAGUAUACUACUUGCUCUAUUGAGGAAUUUAUCUGUGCGUUUGAGUCUGUUCAUUUAUUCGUAGUUUUUUUUCUCUACCUGCGACAAACAUUCUUGUAUAAAGUAUGUUUGAAGAAUUUUACACGUGUAUCAGUGAUUCCUAUGUUUAUACAUAUGAUGUUUUAUCGACGGGUACGAUAUCUGCGUAACGUUUACAAUUUGAAUUAUUAUCCGUUACUUCAGGUAUUGGUUUCGUUAUGGUGCUGGAUCAACAACAUCAGCAAAACUUACAACUGCUCCUUCAUGACUGACUCAAAAACCUAACAUCACUGAAAAGACUCAAAGAGUAGGAUUUGUUAUGUGAAGAGUUCCCAAGACACAGUGUAUAUUCUAUACCCCUAGAAAGCAGGCAAUGGAAGUCAGACUUACCGAAACCCAGAUUGCUAUUUGUGUUAUCUCUAUUUUAGCAAUCCUUGGAAACACGUUGACCAUUCUAGUGUUUGUUGGUGACAAAAAGCUGCUGAAAAAGUCCUACAACGCUUUCAUUCUUUGCCUUGCCAUCGCAGAUGUGCUGUCUGCCAUUCUCUUGAUCACGAGUCCGGGCUUCGCUCUUGGUGACCUUAUUCCUCGUCCAACCAAUCCAGUUCUUGGAGAGAUCUUCUGCAAAGUGAUCUGGAGCCGAAUGUUUCUCUUUCAGCUGGUGUUUUUCUCCAUUUACAUUACAUUGCUGUUAACAGUAGAGCGAUGGGUUGCUGUUGUAAAACCUUCUAAAUAUAACUUAUUCUUCAAGGGAAAGAGACUCAUGGGUUACGUCUUGUUCUGUUUGAUCUGGUCAUUCGUCCUCGAUGGAAUAGUCGUCUUGUUUGAUGUAGACUAUGAUCCAAGUUCAUCAUCCAAUGACAUCUGCAAAUUAAACUUUAUUUCAUCAGGCUCUAUCUUCCGCACGUCUCUGUCUGUGUUCCUUAUUAUCAUGAAGUUGUUCUUUCCAUGCCUUUCCAUGAUUGGACUGUACAUACAUAUGAUUGUGAAGACAAACAACUCCCCAGUUGCUUCCGCGGAGAGCAAGGCCAAGCUACGAGGGAAGAUGACAAGAAUGAUCGGCAUUAUGACCUGUAUUUUGCUCAUAUGUUAUUCGCCAAACCAAAUCUUCUUUAUCUUUGCAACUGCGGGUAAAGCGAAAAUAGACUCUACACUCCACCAUUUCACAGCAAUUCUCAACUUCAUCACCAUUUGUGUUAAUCCAUUUAUUUAUGGACUAAGCAAUCCUAAUUAUGGUCGGCGUUACAAAAAGGCUUUGUUGUCGUUUUGUCCCCAACCGAGAAGAGUUGGACCUGCCACGGAAGGAUAA